CGAUGAUCUGCCCCCCUCCUUCCCAUCCCAGCCGGUGGCUGCCUGCUUCAAGCUGUCAGGGAAGCAGCCUAUAAAAGUGAGAGGGACGCCACUUUGGAGGCUUUUGGUCCACACUGCAGUGAAAAGAUUGCGACUAUUAUUAUUGAUAAGAAUUUGGCGGAGGGAAUCGAGCAAGGACCACUGCGAUGCUGCUCGCUGCACGAGUGCUGUGCGUGAUCAGCUGCUUGUUUGCGUGCGUGGAGGCCGCCUCGAAGCUCAAGCCUCACUCGCUCCCCAUCCAGUCCGAGAGAGAACCUAUGCCUUCUAAAGGCUUGUCAGGAUGCGCAUUUGGGGGUCGGUUCUAUUCCCUGGAGGACACAUGGCAUCCCGAUCUGGGGGAGCCCUUUGGUGUAAUGCAUUGUGUCCAAUGCCACUGUGACCCUCAAAAGAGUCGCCGUGGGAAGGUCUUCGGCAAAGUUAACUGCAAAAACAUAAAGCAGGACUGUCCGGAUCCGGAGUGUGAUGAUCCCAUUCUGCUGCCAGGGCAGUGUUGCAGGACCUGUCCAAAAGGUGAAGAGGAGAAAAAACAGACCGACCAAAUACUGGACAGCUUUGAGUAUUUCCAUGAGAAAGCCAAAGGGAAAGAGGACGACUUGCACAAAUCUUACAAUGACAGAUCCUACCUGAGCUCAGAAGACAUGGGCCCGGAGGAGAGCCGGACUGACUUUGUAGCACUGUUGACAGGAGUGACGGAGUCAUGGCUGCCGAGCUCAAGUGCAGUUGCCAGAGCUCGCUUUUCUCUGACCAGGAGCAGCCUGGCCUUCUCCAUCACGUACCAAAAGAUGGCCCGCCCCAGUAAAAUCAUUUUCCUGGGUACAGAUGGUGCCACUGCUUUUGAGUACAAAAUCUCCAAGGGACAAUCAGACAUGAUCUGUGGCGUAUGGAAAAAUGUAGCCAAGCCUCUACUGCGACAGUUGCACAAUGAGCAGUUGCGCAUCAGCAUGAGCACGUCAAGCGGCCGACAAGAGGAAGUGGAAGGGAAGAUCAUCAAACAUAGGGCUCUGUUUGCCGAGACAUUUAGCUCCACGUUGACGUCAGAGGAGGAGAACACAAGCAUGGGCGGUCUUGCCAUGUUGACGCUAAGCGACACAGAGAACAACCUCCACUUCAUCCUCAUCCUUCAAGGCCUCAUCAAAAACAAAGACAAAGAACACCUUUUGGUUCCCAUUCGAGUCCAACUUCUUUACAGACAACAUACCCUGAGAGAGAUCCAGGCCAACAUCACAUCUCAGGAUCCAGACUUCGCAGAGGUGCUGACGGACCUGAAUAGCCGCGAACUCUUCUGGCUUUCGCGUGGGCAGCUGGAGAUUGCCGUGGCAACACAAGGUCACAAUCCCCAGCAGAUCUCUGGAUUCAUUACUGGCAGAAAAUCAUGUGACACCAUCCAAAGCGUGCUGUCCAGCGGUGAUGCACUGACUCCGGGAAAGACUGGAGGCAUGGGCUCUGCCGUCUUUAACCUCUACGAUAACGGCACACUGGAUUAUCAGGUUCAAGUUGCGGGUCUUACCAGUGACAUGGUCGGCCUCACUAUGGAGCUAAAACCGCGGCGGCGAAACAAGCGGUCAGUUUUGUAUGACUUGACGCCGGAGUACAACAAGGCAACAGGCAGGGCAGUGGGCAGCUGGAAUCGCUUGGAGGCCCGAAACAUUCACAUGCUGCUGCAGAACGAACUCUUCAUCAAUGUGGCAACAGCUCAAAACCAGGAGGGGGAAUUGAGGGGCCAGAUCAAAGCUCUGCCCUAUAGUGGCCUGGAGGCCCCAAGACAUGAGUUGCCCAUCCCUCUUGCCGGCCACUUUGUGUCACCCCCUAUUAGAACCAGUGCUUCUGGCCACGCUUGGGUGUCGGUGGACAAAUAUUGUCACCUUCACUAUGAGAUCGUUGUGGCGGGCCUCAACAAGGCCGAUGACCUUUCAGUAAAUGCCCACCUGCACGGGCUUGCUGAGAUCGGGGAGCUGGACGACAGCAGUGUCAAUCACAAGAGAUUGCUGACCGGGUUCUACGGCUCGCAGGCUCAGGGAGUGUUGAAGGACAUCAGUGCUGAAUUACUGCAGCACUUGGACCGAGGAACGGCCUUCAUCCAAGUCAGCACAAAGCUCAACCCAAGGGGAGAAAUUCGUGGACGGGUCCAUGUGCCCAACAACUGUGAGUUUGGGACCACGGGGGACAUAGACGAGGCCGAGUUUGAUGAUAUUUUUGUCAAAAAUCCUGAGGCACUGAAGAAAGACCCUCAUACCUGCUUCUUUGAGAACCAGUACCACACUCACGCAUCGCACUGGACUCCCAAAUAUGAUAAGUGUUUCUCCUGCAGUUGCCAGAAGCGAACUGUGAUCUGUGAUCCAGUAAUCUGCCCGGUGCUGACCUGUUCCAAAACUAUCCAGCCUGAUGACAAAUGCUGCCCAAUUUGUGAUGAAAAGAAGGAAGCAAAGGACACAAAAGUUUUGGAAAAAGUGGAGGAAAAUACCGAAGGUUGUUAUUUUGAGGGAGACCAGCAGAUGCACGCCCCAGGAACGACAUGGCAUCCUUUUGUACCUCCCUUUGGUUACAUUAAAUGUGCCGUUUGCACUUGCAAGGGUUCAACUGGUGAGGUACACUGUGAGAAGGUGACUUGUCCAUUGUUGACAUGCAGUCAUCCAGUGAGACGAAAUCCCUCGGACUGCUGUAAAGAGUGUCCUGCAGAAGACGAGACCCCCAGAGACCUGGAACACACUGACAUGAUGCAGGCAGAUGGACCGAGACAUUGCAAAUUUGGCAAGAACUAUUACCAGAACAGUGAUAACUGGCAUCCUUGGAUACCCCUUGUGGGAGAAAUGAAGUGCAUCAACUGCUGGUGUGACCACGGUGUGACGAAAUGUCAGCGUAAGCAAUGUCCGGUGCAGACCUGCUCCAAGAUCACUCGCAGAGAGGGCGCAUGCUGCCCUGACUGCAUCAAUUUGGGAGAUGAAGUUGACCCGAAGAUGAAAGCUGCAGACAAACGGCCAAGCCAGAGACCCUGACCAAAUACAGAACACUCAAAUAAACCUGAUGACAACUUUUUUUAUGAUGACCCCCAUUACCCAAACCCAGGACUGCACACUGGGCCAAUUAAAUUCCACCCCUAAUCCCACCCGCCCUUCCACCAUUUUCCACCCCUAAUCCCACCCGCCCUUCCACACCAUUUUCCACCCACCUUGUUGUCAGCUUCAUGAUUGUAAAGGACAGAGAAGAGCAGAGGUGGAAAAUUAGAAGAUGAAAACUUGAACGAAUGAGAGCAUUUUCCUUGCGAUUGGUGACCUUGGAGAUGAUCAAACAGUGACUUCAAACCAGCAGCCUCCUGCUUCCUGCCACGAUUUUUUUCCUGGAAAUAUUUGUUUGCUUUAUAGAGAAAACUUAUUCAGCAGCUUCACAAGGCAGCUUUUGAAUGGAAGCUUUGCAUUUCAGAUGAACGUCACUGACAGGUCUUCUGUUUUGGACCAUACCCUUAGCUACAUUUCAAGUCCUCUCACUGGACAACGUAAAGACACAUGAAUGUGUGAAUCUGUGUGAGCCCAGGUGUGUGUGUGUGUGUGUGUGUCUGUGUGCGUGACUUUUGUUUUCCAGUACAGCUAAACAGCUGUACAGACAGACGUGACAGUUAACCAUCUGUGUCGCAAGAUGAAGUUGAACUUAAAAAAAAAAAGGGGGGAUACGGACAAUUUUUGUUAUUGUUCUUUUUUUGUUUGCAGUCUUUAGCCAGUUUUUAAAAUGAUUCAUAGCCACUCACACAAGUUAUCAAAGUCCAUUUUCCCCCUCUUUUUUUUUUUAAAUAAUUAUUGAGAUCACACCGAGAAUCUCCCAAGAUGCCGAGUUGCUUCGUCUUCCAUGCUAACCUUGAGUAUCUUGUUGGUCUCAGUUUUACUCUGCUUCACUUGUUUCUAUAUUGUCAUGUGUCUAUUUGUUUUGAUUAAGUAAUAUUGAAUGACUUUUUAAAUACUGUUGCUUAAGAACAUGGAGCCGGUUUGUAUUUGUAUUUAUUGGUGACGUGGUGACAAAAUAAAAUGGA